CUUUAUCUUUUUCUCUGAUUCAACACCUCUCUCUCUCUCUCUCUCUCUCUCUAUAGAGUGAGCUCUCUAUCAAACCAUUUGUUCUGAUAAACAAAAAUGUCAGCUACUUCUCUCUCCAUGGCUGCUACUGCCACUUGUUCAACCUCACUUCACCUCUCCAACAAAAUCUCCUCAAACCUUUCCUUUGAAUGCCCUCUUCUACCAAUCCCCACAUCAAAACCAAAACCAAAACCCAAAUUAGCUCUCAAAAUCAAAACCCAGUUCUUCAAUUCCCCUCAUUUCUCUCUCCUCUCUCGCUCCUUCGCGGUCCGCGCUUUCGAGAACAUCGGUGUCGCUGAAGAACCCCAAAACACAGACUCAUCAGAAACAGAUUCGGAAGAAUUUCAAGAGAGUGAAGAUGACGAUGAUGAUGAGAAAUCUAAGAAACAGUCAGCUGAAGCUGGUAGACUAUACGUGGGAAACUUGCCAUACUCCAUGACUUCGUCCCAAUUGUCCGAAAUCUUCACCGAGGCCGGCAGUGUGGUUUCUGUGGAGAUUGUUUAUGAUCGAGUUACGGAUAGGAGUAGGGGAUUUGCGUUUGUGACAAUGGCAAGUGUUGAAGAAGCAAAAGAGGCCAUUCGAUUGUUUGAUGGAUCUCAAAUCGGCGGCCGAACUGUGAAGGUUAAUUUUCCUGAAGUGCCAAAGGGUGGUGAAAGGGAAGUAAUGGCACCAAGGAUACGGAGCAGCUACCAAGGUUUUAUAGACAGCCCUCACAAAAUAUAUGCAGGGAACCUCAGCUGGGGCCUCUCAUCCCAAGGGCUUAGAGAAGCUUUUGCAGAUCAGCCAGGUCUAUUAAGUGCCAAGGUCAUCUAUGACAGAGACACGGGAAGAUCUCGAGGUUUUGGGUUUAUCACCUUUUCAUCUGCCGAGGACGUGCAAUCUGCUCUCAAUACUAUGAAUGAAGCGGAGGUGGAAGGGCGACCUCUACGUUUGAAUUUGGCUGCAGAAAGAACUCCUUCGACGACUCCACCAUCACUGGAAAGCAAUCCAGAAGGCAAUCUUGACAGCAGUGAGAUGCUUACUGGCAUUAGCAGCUGAUGGAAAGAGGUGUGUAGAAGAGUAAUUCAGAUUAGCUUCUUGAGGGGUAUGUAAGAACGAGUUGCAAAUAUGUAGGAAUGGGUGUCUGCACAAACUUGCAAGUUCAGACGCUCUUAUUAUCCUGUUGCUUUAUUCUGCCCCUUGUUUGUUUUUGGGAACGGUUUAUGCAGAUCAGAGCAUCAAGAUGUUAAACCAGAUGACCUUACUAAUAGCUUUUUAUUGCAAGUCUGAGAUGAGACAAUUUUGGGUUGUUGAGAAUUGAAAGUAAUGACAAUUUGUAUACAAUUUAUUGACAAAUUGCCUUGUCCUUUGAAACUAUGGAUGUUAGAAAUGUUGGAGACGUGCAAGAUUA